AUGGUGCCUGGUGCGGCCGUUGCCGCUUCCCCGCCCCCGCCUUCGCUGCUGUCCGCCAGCGCUGUCAGCCUCGUCGGCCUCGCCGCCUCCGCAAUGCAGGAGGUGGCCGCUGGACGGUGCUGGUCGUGUGCCUCGGACGCGAUUUUCGAAGGCGUGACCGCGCCUCCUGCCUCGCUCCUACAAUGCGUUCUUGAGCACUCAGUUUGGUCGGCCAAAGUACGGAUCGGUGCCAAACACCCACCGCCAACAAGCAUCCUGGCCCAGCCGCGCCGUGCUUGCCGCACGUCGGCCACUCAGAGGCAUGAAAAGCGCUCCUCCGGUCCAAUCCUGUCAAUGUCCUGCCUGAUCGCGGGGCAGUUCAUCGGGCACGAUGUACCUGCCCAACUGCCAUAG